GCCUUACAUGAUCAUCGGAGGAACACCCGACAACCUGAUAGUGGAAGGAAGCAUGGUGAAUAUCCAUAAAAUAAUCUUUGACAAGCUCGGGUACUGUUUCUCAUACGCCUUCUUCACCGGGAGGGGAAAAGGACUCGGUCUUCGGGAAGCAGACAUGUAUGGAACCCCAGUAAUAAUCCCAGAAGACCACAUGACAGGCGAAGAGGAACAGAGUGUAUUCGUUUAUGCGGACGAGUGGUCGGCCAUGUAUCGGAGGCCAGCGCAGGAGCCUGAUAUCGCUGGCUUUAUCAAACCCUACACCGCGCUUGUUUGGUGGCUGCUAUCUGCGUCAUUUCUUGGAUUGCUGGCCUGUCUGUGGGUCGUGCGUUUUCUCGACAUCAAUUUCUUGAAGAUCUAUCGCAGUCGGGCGGAUCGGAUGGAUUCCAACGGACGCGCGCCGGUUGGGAUGACAACUUUCACGAGCGACAACGUCUUCGUAAUUCUGGCCGUUCUUUUCAUGCAGUCCAUCCCGACCGUGCCCCAGGGAGGUCACAUCAGGAUCGCCAUCGCUCUCUGGCUGCUCGUGUCCUUCGUCCUCGCCUCCGUCUACCGUUCCAACCUCAAGGCCAUGCUCAUCCUGCCGACGGUCAACCUGCCUUUCGACGACACUGAGGAGCUGGUGGACACUGGCCUGCCGCUUAGGUUGCCCUUCGGGAGCUUCUUGCAUCGCGCCAUGUUGGAGGCCCCGCCUGGCUCCUCCUUCUCUCGACUCCUCCCGAAAAACGACAGUAUAUACCUGCGCAUGGACCUUCCCACCUCUAUCCGCGCCAUGGAGAACGGGGAGGUGGUGUUCGCAGCUCCUCGCACGGUUAUCCGAAAUGUUAUGCACCGGUCUUUCUCAGAGACUGGGCGGUGCCUUUCUUACGUUAUGUCUGAGAACCUCGUUGGGAUGACGUUCCAGACUUUCGUCUUUCGAAAAUCAUCGCAGCUGAAGGCGAAAAUAGACCCUUUGAUUGUGAAACUUCAGCAGUCUGGCAUCAUGGACUAUAUUGUCAAGAAAGCAACUGCAAAUGCAACCGAAUGCCUUAAACCUCUUCAGUCACAGUACCAGUACGUACUGCGACCUCUGGAACUACGGGAUUUCUAUGGAGUUUUUCUGCUAUACGCUGGAGGAGUUUUCACGGGAAUUCUGACAUUGCUGAUAGAACUCGCCCUGGCAAAGAGUCACAAUUUCUCUUACGGUCUGAAGCCUUAACAAACCUGCCAUCGACUAGUCUCAUCGUUCUGCGAUCUUUGGAUGGAAACCUAUAUGCCGCUAUGUUCACCAGUCACUAUGUAGCUUACAGUAGAGUCACGAUAAGCAAUCUUAAAAUGAGCUCCAAAGUCACGCCAGCGGUCGCCAUAUUUAUUGCUGUUCUCUGAUACAAGGCAUUUUUCGUUCACGUGAAGAUGUGUGGCACCGAACUGCACCGCUCGAACUCAGAGAGGACGCGGGAAUCAUUUUCUACAGUUAAAGCUUCG